UAGGUAGACUGCAGCAGAUAAGCUGUUGUGGUAGCCCUGGGGACAUUGAGUGUUAUUCGACCGACUCUUUUUUUUUUUUAAGGAAAUAAACAGCCUCCUAUGGAGAUUAGUAAAGGAAGUGGGAUUCAGGCGGCUUACUGAGCCCAGCUGGAAGUUUCCAUGUUUCAUGGCGAGCAGAGGCUGUGCUGGUGCAGGCGGUCGGUUUGGUUACAACGAGAUAGUGGGAGGCUCGGAGCCAGAGCUCAACUUUCUUCCUGUUUCAUUUUAGUGACGGUGCAGGGAAGAGCAGCUCCAGGGGAUUUGGCUGCUUUUCUAUCUGCUGCUGCUUUUUUUCUUUGCCUUCCUGAAGGUUUGGGAAAGAAAGGGGGUGGGAGGGACGCAGGCAAUAGCAAGGCUGUGUCAGUUUUGCAUUGAGAGACCCGCCUAAUUAUUUGUUUCGAUUGCAUAGUGCUUCCCCUAGCCUGUGUGCAGCAGCAGCCUGGGUGUCUAAAGCCGGCCUGUGUGUGCUGACUGAAGGGCAGCAGCAUUAGGACCUGGCCCGGCCUGCUUCAGCCAGUCCAGCAGUAGAUAUGAGCUUGCAGUGUGGCCCAGCAGGGCUGAGGUUACUGGGUCAGUGGAAAAGAACGUGGCCACUGAUCUGUAGUGCUCGGGCUAUUGUGGACAUGUCCUACUCCAACCACUUUGUGGAUUUUCAAGGCUCCUCUAUCCCCACCUAUAUGAAAAAGCUGGUGGUCACUCAGCUGAGCCCAGACUUCAGAAAGGCUGUGACUUUAAUGCCCAAUGUGCCAGUGCCAGUUCCAGGGGAUGGAGAGCUCCUCGUCAGGAACCGAUACAUUGGUAUCAAUGCCUCGGAUAUAAACUUUUCAUCUGGCCGAUAUGAUUCAUCUGUAAAGCCCCCCUUUGAUAUUGGAUUUGAAGGAAUUGGAGAAGUGGUAGCCUUAGGGCUCAGUGCUAGUAAAAAUUUCACAGUUGGGCAACCUGUAGCAUAUGUUAAAAAUGGUUGUUUUGCUGAAUAUAUAACUGUGCCGGCUGAUAUCGCUAUCCCUGUGCCUUUAGUAAAACCAGAACUCUUAACUUUGCUUAUCAGUGGCACAACCGCUUACAUAAGUCUCAAAGAGUUUGGUUACUUAUCUGAAGGGAAGAAGGUUCUCGUGACUGCUGCCGCUGGUGGAACGGGACAGUUUGCUGUACAACUUGCCAAAAAUGCCAAAUGCUAUGUUAUUGGGACUUGUUCUUCUGAAGAGAAGGCUGGAUUCCUAAAGUCUAUAGGCUGUGAUCUUCCAAUCAAUUACAGAUCUGAAAGUGUGGCUUCAGUCAUAAAGGCAAAAAUUCCUGAGGGAAUAGAUGUUGUGUAUGAGUCUAUUGGAGGGAAAAUGUUCGACAUAGCAGUUAACAGCUUAGCAACAAAGGGUCACCUUAUAAUAAUUGGCUUUAUUUCUGGCUAUCAGACAUCUAGUGGUAUUAUGCCGGUUAAAGCAGGUGCUUUACCUGCUGCUUUGCUACGCAAAUCUGCCAGUGUCCAUGGCUUUUUCUUGCCCCAUUAUAUGUCUGAAUACAAGGAAGCAUUAUUAGCUUUGGUGAAACUGUACCAAAAUGGGAAACUAGUGUGUGAGGUGGACCAUGGAGAACAAUCACCAGAAGGCAGGUUUACUGGUCUAGAGUCUGUAUUCCGAGCUGUAGAUUAUAUGUACACAGGGAAAAACAUUGGGAAAAUUGUAGUCGAAUUACCUCACCUUGUCAACAGCAAGCUGUAAAAACAGAACAAUGAUAUAAAUCACAAUGAAAAUGGUACUUUCUGCCGGGAAAUGUCUAAAACAUAUUGUCGUUAAUGGAUAGUA